CCCCAGCUGCUGUGGCGGGAGGAGCUGGAGCCCUGCGGCACGCCCUGCGAGGGGCUCUUCAUCUCCGUGGCCUUCAAACUCCUCAUCCUCCUGCUGGGCAGCUGGGCCCUCUUCUUCCGCCGCCCCAAGGCCUCCUUGCCCCGCGUCUUCGUCCUGCGGGCUCUGCUCAUGGUGCUCGUCUUCCUGCUCGUCGUCUCCUACUGGCUCUUCUACGGCGUGCGCAUCCUGGACUCCCGCGACCGCAACUACCAGGGCGUGGUGCAGUAUGCCGUCUCCCUGGUGGACGCCCUGCUCUUCGUCCACUCCUACAACGUGGGCCACCUCAGUAUCCAGCGUGUGGCCGUGUGGAUCCUGGAGAACUAUUACCACGAUUUCCCCGUCUACAACCCCGCCCUCCUCAACCUGCCAAAAUCCGUCCUGUCCAAGAAAAUGUCCGGGUUCAAGGUGUACUCCCUCGGCGAGGAAAACACGACCAACAACUCCACGGGCCAGUCCCGGGCGGUGAUCGCCGCGGCCGCCCGGCGGCGCGACAACAGCCACAACGAGUACUACUACGAGGAGGCGGAGCACGAGCGCCGGGUGCGGAAGCGCCGGGCCAGGCUGGUGGUGGCAGUGGAGGAGGCCUUCACCCACAUCAAGCGGCUGCAGGAGGAGGACCAGAAGAACCCGCGGGAGAUCAUGGACCCCCGGGAAGCGGCCCAGGCCAUCUUCGCAUCCAUGGCCCGCUCCCUCCAGGUUCCUUGGCCCCUCGACCAUGGGCGCACCACCAAGCAGCAGCCCUACCACACCAUGGAGAGCAUCCUGCAGCACCUCGAGUUCUGCAUCACCCACGACAUGACCCCCAAGGCCUUCCCCGAGAGGUACGUGAGCGCGGGCCCCACCAUCCAGUACCACAAGGACCGCUGGCUGGGCAAGCAGUGGGCGGUGGUCGGGCCGGUGACCAACGGCCUGAAGGACGGGGUCGUCUUCGUCCUCAAGCGCCAGGAUUUCAGCCUGGUGGUGAGCAUCAAGAAGAUCCCCUUCUUCAAGCUCUCGGAGGAGUUUGUGGACCCUAAGUCACAUAAGUUCGUCAUGAGGCUGCAGUCAGAGACCUCGGUGUGAACUGCGCUGGGGCGGGUAGGUCACGGGCUGGCGCGCCCGAGGAGAAGCAGGUGAUACCCAGGACUCUCCCUUUGUCGACCGGCGCGCGGAGAGACCAGCACGCAGGGAGAGCUGGAGCAAGCCUCCUAGAGCCAGUGUGCUGUCCUGGGACUCCUCCCCCCCGUCUCUGCUUGCCCCCUUGGCAGGGGGCAGAACCUCUUCCCUUCCCGUCUCUGCUGUCUCCAAAACCCAGAUUCUCGUAGCAACCUCCCGGGAGGCAGGUAGCGCGGAGGACAGCCUCUCGGCAGGACAAGAUCCCUCGUUUGGCGCCAAACUCAAGGGCUACUUUUGUUCCUCCCUUCCCCAGCGGCGUCUCCAAUGCGGCUGGGUCCGAGGAACCGUCUCCGCUUCCUUUUUGUAAAAUUGCUGUCUGGACUCUGGCUGUUUCCACAACGUCCCCCGCUGCUCGGGGGUUGUUUUCUAACCCACUGACGCGAGGGUUUUGGAGCGUCUGCAGCGUCUCUCCAGUAUUGUGGCUGCUACGGAAACCUCCCCCUGCCGGCCGGCCGCGACAAACCAGCCGUGCCGACCGGCCUGGGAACCUCCCCCUCAGCUCUUCUCGGGGGUUCUCCAGACCCGGUUUUUUAACGAUGACGAGCUGACUAGUUUGUAAGAAAAGAGACUUUUUAGCAAUGGGGAGGGGCUGUGGGCUGGUCUCGGGGCUUUGUAAUGGACCCGGCGUGUUCUGUAAAUAGCGACAAACCGGCCCAGUUCCUCCUUUGCACCAAGGGCAUCGUCCCGCCACUCAGCAGCGUAAGGGGCCUUGCAGCGGGUGUCAGGUUGGGUUCCGCUGCCAGGCUGGCAUAAAGGGCCUUUUGUGUCCCGGAGAAUCAUUCCCCCGCGUUCCCCUCUCCCCACGAUAACGCUGGUGAAUGUGCUGAAUUGCAGGAUUUGAGCACAAUGACUCAUCCUCCUUGUGCUGAUUCCUGUGGCUUUCGGUUCAACCAAUGGAUCUAUCGGGAAAAUGGCCCCAAAUCUCUCUCCUGCCCAAGGAAUCGUCCCCUGCCUCGGGCCAGGAAAGCAGCUGUCACUCCCUUUUGUUAAAAAGCCCAGUGACAGGUUGUGACCAGUGUUCCCUGUAAGCUGGGUGCUUGGGUGGCCACCCAGGAGAGAUUCAGGUGCUGCCUUGCUAAUUAGCAGAGCGCCCACAGCUGGCAGCAUGAGUUUCUGCUGGGGGUGCACAUCUGUUCAUGCCUCAGUGCGCAGAACAAAAUUUAUUUCACACACAGAAGGAAAAAAUUACAGGGAACAUUGGUCGUAAUUCAGCAAGGUACGUUUUCCUCUCUGUUUACAUUUACGUUUCUAUCACCCUGGCAUCUGGGCAGUUCCCAGGGCAGUAGGGAAAUAGGGCAUCGCUGUUGUCCCAUUCUGCAGCACAGCCUGGCUAAGCAAAGUGACUUGUCCAGGAACUCUGUGGCGGAGAAGGGACGUGAAGCCAGAUCUCAUUGGCCCCAUCCUUCCUUGGCUGGACGGUAGCGUAGGGAAUUGUAAUGGAGCGCUGCUGACUUACGCCCGCUCGAUUCCGGCUCAUUGAUUUAGAUGGACCGGCUCUUUGCCGGAAGUCAGGCGUGUGCUUCAGCUGCCUUGCUGGUCCAAGGCGCCGGGGGGAGGGAGGGGCAGCCCCUGCAGCGUGCUCCCGUAUCGGCCGCCGUUGUGGAUGCCAACUAGUAGUUUCUUCCAUGACCCCUGGCGUGGCAAGUGCAGCUGCUGAGGCCGGAGCUGGGUUCUGUGCUGCCUCCCGCGCUGUCCACAGGACCAGGGCCUCGGCGCCCCCAGUACCAGUGGAAAGGCUCCGCCUCCGGAUCGGACGGUGAUUUGCAUCCCUUUGUACUGGGACCCAGGGUGCUGGAGAGUCGGGUCCCCAGAGAGGGACACAAAGGCAGCGGCGAAGGGCUUUGUUACAAGCUGAGCAGGUGGCUCCAGAGCCGAGCCCCCC